AUGACGUCCGGUACUGUCUCCUCACUUUUCGUGCUCUUCUUGAGCUGCACAAGCGUGCUUGGGCAAACCGUCAACACUCAAAGUGUCCAGUACAACCAGGUACUCAAUGUAAACGGCGACAUGCAACUCAACUCUUUCCAAUUCCCGGAUCGCUCCAAGGUUGAGACCUUCUCCCAGAAGCAGCAACAGAUCAUUGUCAACCAGCAAACACCUUCAAUUCCCUCCAACCAGAUUACUGGUACCACAGGUCAGCCUUUCGUCGCCGUCUCACCGCAGUCGAUGACCAUCAGCACCAACGGUGCUACCGACCUGGUCGGUGGACAAAUCGAGAUGGCCAUGACAAUGCAGAACUUGCAGGGUGUUGCUGUCCAGCCCGGUAACACAUACGUUGCCAUGCUCUCGCCUGACAGGCAAUCUUGGAUGGUUCAGGAGACCAUGAGGAGUGUCAACACCACCGACAUGACCGUUCGCAUGGUCAAGCGCACUCAGAUGGACGGUGAGUACAUGGUUGUCGGUCGCCAGACUGUCGAGACCAACACCCUCGUUGUUCCCUUUGGCAGUGAUGGCAGCACCUCUGUUGCUAUCCAGGGUUCCGGUCUCCAAGAGAACGAGUUCCAGGAUGGCUUCAGGAUGGCUACUCGCGCUACCCAGCCCAUGACCAUGAACGUCAACGUCAAGAAGGGUGUCGACCAGGGUAUGUUGGCUGCUCUCCAGGGCCAGACCCCCGUCAACGACUACCGUUACUCGGUCGUCACCAACUUGGCUGCUGUCACUCCCAACCUGAACCAGCAAGUUACCGUCGUUCAGAUGCCCGUCAACGCCAUCCGUAUCCAGAAGAUGAUGCAAGCCAUGAACGUCCCCGCCAACGGCCAGGUCGCUAUUGCAGUUGCUCAACGUGGUGUCCUCCAGAACCCCGGUGGUGCCACAGGUAACCUCAACAGCCCUGCUACCCGCCGUAGCUUGUUCGGCCGCAGGGAGCUCAGGGAAGAGGUUGCUGCCCGCCAGAUCCAGAACACCGGUACAACUACCACCAACAACCCCAACCCCGUCGCCCAGCAGCUUCUCCUUGCUCCUACCUUCACCCCCAUCGCUGCCAAUGCCGUUCUUGACCAGGCCAACAUGCGUAUCGCUGUUCCCGUCAAGCAGGUCGAUGGAGAGUACAUCCUCACAAUGACGCUCAUGACCGGUGGUGGUGCCCAGGCCGCUGCUGCUCCCCAGGCCGCUCCUGCUGCUGCUCCCGCUUCUCCUGCUGCUGAGCCCGCCACCCCCGGUUCUGCCACCGCUGAAUCCGCUGCCCCAGCAACCAGCUCCAGCGCAGCCAAGAGCGAGGCUCCCGCAACCGAGGGCGAGAAGCCCACCGCGUCUGCCUCCAACAGCACCAUGUCGGCCAAGCCUGAAGCCACAAAGGCUGAGGAGCCCAAGACGUCUGAGGAGCCUAAGAAGGCUGAGCGCCGCGAGGACAGCAAGACAGACAAGUACGGUCUUCCCAUCGCUCCCCAGGGUGCCGUCAUCAUGACAAUGAAGCAAAUCGACGACAUGGCCUCUGCCAUGACCUGGGGCGGUGGUGUCGCCAUUACCAAGAUGAUGAGCGAGUACGUCAAGGCACAGACUGGCUCUGAUCUCUUUCCCUCCAACAACGGCACUGCUGCACCUGCGGACGGUGCUCUCAAGAUUACUGUUUAA